AUGCUCAACCCGAACGAUGCCGAUGACUCGGAUAGUUCAACCGACACACCACCGCCGCCCGUCAUCGCUGUGCCAAGACCCAAAAGAUCGGCUACCGUAUCACCGAGCACUAGGAACUCUUUCUAUAAUUCAAGAAGACGUAGCGAUGCAAAUCUAAACUUUUUCAACGAGAGAGAACGUCAACGUGAGAGACGCAGAAGUAUGGUCAGAGCUAGUCGGGAACGAAGUGAAACUAGAAGAGCAUCUCAGCAAAAUCUGAGGAAAACUAACAGUGAGCCUAAUGUGGAUAUGCCAUCUAUAGACGUGGAGGCUCUUCAGAAGUUGUUACUGUCUCUACCAAAGUUUGCAUCAACGUCAAGGUCAAGAGUUAAUCACCGUCACGAUUCGGAUUCGGGUGGUGAAAUGACUACAGAAAUUGAAGAAUUAAAAGACGCGGCGAAAAGUAUUCAAUCCCUUCAAAGAGUUCUUGCCUAUCCAUCCCAAGUAUCUUCUGAUCGUGGAGGUAAUCGUUGUCUUCUUCCAACUGUUGAUCCGAUUGAGUCGUGUCUAGAAUCUUCAGUAUUCUCCGAUGUGGACGAUGUCUCAUUGGCUACAGACACCACCGAUGGAGGCCGUCGUUCUGGGAUUUCCACUCGGUUGGGUCAUCCACGUGGCGUUAUGCAAUUCAUACCUUCUAUCAGAAAUGACCAAUUCGUCCCGACUUCUGAGAUUCGACGGAAUUCGAUUUCCAGGAAGUCAUCUGUUCCAGAUGGUUUUAUGAGCAGUGAAAUGCAAUCAGAUCCUGUUCCGAAUGUUAGGAAUAGAAGACGUGGAAUCGUAGAUGAGAUGUUCUCCUCAUCAACAUCUCUCAUGGUAGAUCGCCCUUCUGAAACUCUAGCCGGUGUGAAUCGAUUUGCAAAACUUUUGGAUACAUUCCGAAGUCGACCUACUUCGCCAGAACAGCAUCCUUCAAUUUCUUGGAAUCCAUAUGUGUAUUCAGAUGGAGGAGAAACUGCUCUAGAGUCUUGUGGAAUGGAAGAUUCUCUUCAUGAAGCAGAUAUUUUGUUAUGGAAAAAGAGGAGUAGAGCCAGUUUAAGAAGGCAUUAUAGUGUACGGCACUUGACAGCCAGAGAGCUUUUAGAUACCGAAAAAUCGUUUGUAGAAGGCUUGGAGUUUUUGGUUACGAAAUACAUGCGACCUCUUCGUCAGCCCCUCGAAUGCACUCUGAUCGAAGCGAGUCUUGUCGAUAAAAUCUUCUACCGAAUUCCGGAAAUUCUGGCACAUCAUCAAGUGCUUCUGACGACGUUGAGUCAACGGAUAGAACAGUGGCAUAAAGAUGCAAUCAUCGGAGAUGUUUUAUUGGCUCAUUUCUCCAAGCAAUCAAUGAUUGAGACUUAUAUCGCGUUUGUUGAUAAUUUCAAAUUUGCAAAGGCAGCAAUAUCCCAAGCAAGACAGAAACAUGCAUUUGAAAAAUAUUAUAGUAGAUGUUGCCGAGAUCAUCCGAAUAAACUAGACUUGGAUGCUCUCCUGAUCUCUCCAAUCCAACGGGUUCCCAGAUACGAGUUGAUCGUGAAACAAAUGCUGAAACAUACUCCAGUAGAACACGAAGAUCGUGAACGUCUUCAAAGAGCUCAACGUCAUAUCCACUGUCUGGCAGUUGCCAUAAAUCAACAUAAAGACGGAAGUGAACAAAUGGAACAGAGGUUAAGAGAAAUCGAAGCGAUAGUUGAUGGAUUAGAUGACUUGGUGACAAAAGAGAGGACGCUUCUCCGACAUGACAUCAUCACUUUGAAAGGGACAGACCGGGAACGAUGUAUUUUUAUGCUCUCUGAUCUUUUACUGGUGACCAGUGUCAAGAAGAAAGCAAAGGUUAUGUACAAUAAAUUGACGUAA